UUCCUGUCCAGAGAAAGGUGAGCAGGAAACCCAACUCAGAUCUGGACCGGGUUUGUUCUGCUGAGGCUCCAUGUUGACGUGUGUGUGUGUGUGUGUGUGUGUGUGUGUGUGUGUGUGUGUGUGUGUGUGUGUGUGUGUGUGUGUGUGUGUGUGUCUCCUCAGAUAUCGUGCAGUUGGAGCAGGACACAGUUUUGGGGGUGGAGUCUCUUCUGAUGCUCUGCAGUCAGGACUGCAGCCCCGGAGCUCAGACCAUCCUCAAGGUAAGACGGGAUUUUAUAGAUUUAUACGUUUAUAUAUUUAUAUGUUUAUACGUUUUUAUAUUUAUAUGUUUAUACGUUCAUAUAUUCAUCUUCCCCUCACUGGUCAUCAGGUUAACUUUAGGAUUGAUUUUAAGAUUUUAGUUCUUGCUUUUAGAGCCCUCCAUGAUCACUGAGCGACUGAGACCCUCCCCCUCCCCACGUUCAAACUCCUGAUGGUCUCUCGCACCCGUUUUAAAACAUGAGGUGACCGCUCUUUCCACGCCAGUGCCCCUCGCCUCUGGAACGCUCUACCACUGACCUUAUGCAGCGAAGAGUCGACUGAAAGUUUGAAGAAAAAACUUAAAACUUAAAAAUCUUUUCAGACGGUUUUUAACUGAUGUGGAUGUUGUGGAGCGUCUGUGAAGAUGCUUUUAUCGGUGUUAUUACAUCUGUUCUCUGAGCUCUAGGAAUGAAAUACACUGACUAACCAGGAAGAACACUGGUCCCAGUAAAACCGAGGGACUGGUCUGGACCUCUUCCUCAGAACCACAGACUUUCUCACCUGCUUCAAAAUCAGUGAAAACAGUUCAAGGUCGUUUUUCAGCAUCAAAGUUUGAGGUUUGUUUGGAUUACUGUCUGUCCGUGAUAAUCCAGAUAUAAUCCAGAUAUAAUCCAGAUAUAAUCCAGAUAUAGUCCAGAUAUAAUCCAGAUAUAAUCCAGAUAUAAUCCAGAUAUAGUCCAAAUAUAGUCCAGAUAUAAUCCAGAUAUAAUCCAGAUAUAAUCCAGAUAUAAUCCAGAUAUAGUCCAGAUAUAAUCCAGAUAUAGUCCAGAUAUAAUCCAGAUAUAAUCCAGAUAUAGUCCAGAUAUAAUCCAGAUAUAAUCCAGAUAUAGUCCAGAUAUAGUCCAGAUAUAAUCCAGAUAUAAUCCAGAUAUAAUCCAGAUAUAGUCCAGAUAUAGUCCAGAUAUAGUCCAGAUAUAAUCCAGAUAUAAUCCAGACAUAGUCCAGAUAUAGUCCAGAUAUAAUCCAGAUAUAAUCCAGAUAUAGUCCAGAUAUAAUCCAGAUAUAAUCCAGAUAUAGUCCAGAUAUAGUCCAGAUAUAAUCCUGAUAAUAAUCCAGAUUAAACCCAGAUCAGUUUUUUCACUCCUGGUGUUAGAACAGAAGUAAAGAGGUGAAAAGAGGUGAAGACUCUUCAGUGAAGUCGACUGAAAGCUCUCGCCUCUCUCUCUGUUUCAGAGUUUCUUCUUCUUCUUUGUUUUAUCUCGUCUCGUCUGUUAGUCCUCAGCAGAAGGUCGGUGGAGGACUGUGAUUGGAUUAGACAGGAGGGUCAGAGGAUUCCUGACUGAAGCUCCGCCCCGUCUUUCUGACAGUUGAACUCUGGGACUAACUCUCUGUUCCUGUGUCUCUUGUUCCAGACCGCCCUCACCUCAUUGGUCCAUCUGCUGAAAAGUCGACCUCAUCUCAGCCAAUCAGCUGUCGAGUUCUUGCUGGGCCAGCUGCACUUAUCCUGUGACUCGUCCCGCGUCCUCAUGUGCCACGCCCUGUCAGCCAUCGCCACCCACCUGCCCGUGCUGGGUGAGGGCAUGCUGGGAGAUCUGGUGGACCUGUACAGAGUGGCGGGCCACGCCUCCACGGACAAGCAGCAGGAGCUUCUGGUGAGAGAGAGAGAGAGAGAGAGAGCGAGAGAGAGAGAGAGAGGGAGAGAGUGAGAGAGAGAGAGAGAGAGAGAGAGAGAGAGAGAGAGAGAGAGAGAGAGAGAGAGAGAGAGAGCAUGAGCGAGAGAGAGAGAGAGAGGGAGAGAGGGAGAGAGAGAGAGAGAGAGAGGGAGAGGGAGAGCAUGAGCGAGAGAGAGAGAGAGAGGGAGAGAGGGAGAGAGAGAGAGAGAGAGAGAGAGGGAGAGGGAGAGGGAGAGCAUGAGCGAGAGAGAGAGAGAGAGCGAGCGAGCAUGAUUCAAACUCAGCUGUUUCCUGAGUCCAUCAGAGUUUCUGAAGACGACACUCUGACCCAAACAUGCGUUCCACAGAGACAGCUGGUCUUUGUCUCCACGGCAACACGCCACCGUUAGUUUAGCUGAUGCUAAAAAGGGUUCAUAGCCUCCACAUCUUUGAUUGAAGCUUUUUUUAACGAUGUCUUCUGCAGGUUUCCUUGGCAACAGUGAUUUUUGUCGCCAGCCAGUCGUCUCUGUCGGCUGAAGUGAAGACCAUCAUCAAACAGCAGCUGGAGAACGUCGCUAACGGCUGGACGGUGUAUCGUAUCGCAAGACAAGCGUCACGAAUGGUAACUACAUCUGAGAGAGAGAGAGAGAGAGAGAGACAGAGAGAUGAGAGAGAGAGAGAGAGAGAGAGAGACAGAGGGAGAGAGAGAGAGAGAGAGAGAGACAGAGAGAGUGAGAGAGAGAGAGGGAGAGAGAGAGAGGGAGAGAGAGAGAGAGAGAGAGAGAGACAGAGGGAGAGAGAGAGAGAGAGAGACAGAGGGAGAGAGAGAGAGAGAGAGAGAGACAGUGAGAGAGAGAGAGAGAGAGAGAGAGAGAGAGAGGGAGAGAGAGAGAGAGAGAGAGAGAGACAGAGGGAGAGAGAGAGAGAGAGAGACAGAGGGAGAGAGAGAGAGAGAUCAGUCGAUCAGUGGAUCCCAGCCGAGGGUAAAAGUUUAAACAUAUAUCUGAAGAGACGGUGGCGCUGUCAGAGGGAAACUUCAGACUCGUCUCUUUAAUGCGUCUGAUAUAAGAAGGUCACAGGAAUCCCAGUAUUGACUGUCUGAGUGUCUCUCUGCUGUUUGUUUGACAGCGAGUCAUUCUGCUUCUCUCUGGAGUCAAAGUUCACGUUCUCAGGCCCAGGAGAACUAAAAUCAACGAACGCUCAGUCCGACAUCUCCUCAUCAGGCAGGAGUUGGUGGUGACUGUCAGCUGACGUAGAUAUGACUGAAAUGUUAUGACUGUUGUUUUCAUUAUUAUUGCUGUUAUAGUUUUUACUGCCAGCAGUUAAAUCAGUGAAGGGCUGAACCAGAAUCAGAGAGGAAGCUGGGAAAAAUGAUGAAACUCGGGUCCUUCUCCUCACCCGUGUGAGGGUGAGAGUUUUUCUUCCUGUGAAAACAUGAUGAUAAUUAAAAUAUAUAUAUAUAAAUAAAUAAAUAUAUAUAAUUAUUAUAAUAGUUAAAAAUAAUAAUGAUAUUAAUAAUAUUGUAGAUCAUAAUUAUUACAAAAAUGAGAAAUAAUAAUUAUUAUAAUUAUAAUUAUAUAAACAAUUGUAAUAAAAAUAAUAAUUGAUAAUAAGAUAAUAAUUAUGAUGAUAAUAAUAAUCAAACAUUUUAUUUGUAUCACGUUUCAUUUAAAAUUUUGUAAAAUGUUCCACGAGGAUUGAGAAGCAGUAAAAUAACAAAGAUGGUUUUUAAAGGUCGGGGUUUAGAUUUUCAUCAAAACCCUCAGGUGGUCUGUGGAGAAAUUCAGGGGGGGGGGGUUUCCAUGGACACAGGAGAACAUGAGGAGGAAGACUGACAUUGAUGGAGGUGGAGUCAGUGUAGUGACUGAAGAACGGGUGUGAUGAACUUAAUCUGUAACUAAAACCUGAUGGAGGGGCGGUGUCCAUGUUCAUGUUGAAGUUGUCGUUAAUGUUGUCGUUAAUGUUGUUGUUGUUGUUGUUGUCGUUGUUGUUGUCAUCGUUGUUGUCGUUAAUGUUGUUGUUGUUGUUGUCGUUCAUGUUGUUGUUGUUGUCAUUGUUCUUGUCGUUAAUGUUGUUGUUGUUGUCGUUGUCGUUGUUGUCGGCGUCGUUGUUGUUGUGGUUGUUGUUGUUGUCGUUAAUGUUGUUGUUGUUGUUGUCGUUGUUGUUGUGGUUGUUGUUGUUGUCGUUUGUUGUUGUUGUUGUUGUCGUUGUUGUUGUUGUUGUCGUCGUUGUUGUUGUCAUUGUUGUUGUUGUUGUUGUCAUUGUUGUUGUCGUUAUUGUUGUUGUUGUUGUUGUUGUUGUCGUUGUUGUUGUCGUUAUUGUUGUUGUUGUUGUUGUUGUCGUUGUUGUUGUUGUUGUUGUUGUCGUUGUUGUUGUUGUUGUUGUCGUUGUUGUUGUUGUUGUCGUCGUUGUUGUUGUCAUUGUUGUUGUUGUUGUUGUCAUUGUUGUUGUCGUUGUUGUUGUUGUUGUUGUUGUCGUUGUUGUUGUUGUUGUCGUCGUUGUUGUUGUUGUCAUUGUUGUUGUUGUUGUUGUUGUCAUUGUUGUUGUCGUUAUUGUUGUUGUUGUUGUUGUUGUUGUUGUCGUUGUUGUUGUUGUUGUUGUUGUCGUUGUUGUUGUUGUUGUUGUCGUUGUUGUUGUUGUUGUCGUUGUUGUUGUUGUUGUUGUCGUUGUUGUUGUUGUUGUUGUUGUCGUUGUUGUUGUUGUUGUCGUCGUUGUUGUUGUCAUUGUUGUUGUUGUUGUUGUCAUUGUUGUUGUCGUUAUUGUUGUUGUUGUUGUUGUUGUUGUUGUCGUUGUUGUUGUCGUUAUUGUUGUUGUUGUUGUCGUUGUUGUUGUUGUUGUUGUUGUCGUUGUUGUUGUUGUUGUUGUUGUUGUUGUUGUUGUUGUUGUCGUUGUUGUUGUCAUUGUUGUUGUUGUUGUUGUUGUCAUUGUUGUUGUCGUUAUUGUUGUUGUUGUUGUUGUCGUUGUUGUUGUCGUUAUUGUUGUUGUUGUUGUUGUCGUUGUUGUUGUUGUUGUCGUCGUUGUCGUUGUUGUUGUCAUUGUUGUUGUUGUUGUUGUUGUCAUUGUUGUUGUCGUUAUUGUUGUUGUUGUCGUUGUUGUUGUUGUUGUUGUUGUUGUUGUUGUUGUUGUCGUUAAUGUUGUUGUUGUUGUUGUCGUUGUCGUUGUUGUUGUCGUUGUUGUUGUCGUUGUUGUCGUUGUGGUUGUUGUUGUUGUGGUUGUUGUUGUCGUUGUUGUUGUCGUUGUCGUCGUUAAUGUUGUUGUCGUUGUGGGUUUGCAGGGAUGCCACGAGUUCUCCAGUGAGCUGUACCAGAGUCUGCGGACCCGUGUAGCGUCUGAGCACUUCUACUUCUGGCUGAACAGCCUGAAGGAGUUUUCCCAGGCGGAGCAGAACCUGAGUCAUGUGGAGGACGGAGACUACAGCGGAGCCAUGAGCGCCAUCGCCGAGGCGCUGCGCUCUUAUCAGAAGGGCAUCGCCUCCCUCACAGUGAGUCAGAUUUACAGAUCCAAGAGGACGUGGUCAGGGUUUCUUCUUCUCCUCCUCCUCCGUCAUCGAUGACACGCAGUAAAGGCUGCCGAUGAUGACUCAGCAUUUCACACUGAUCAGGAACUAGACUCCAAACAGGAGCUGUGUGUGUGUGUGUGAGUGUGUGUGUGUGUGUGUGUGUCUGUGUCUGUGUGAGUGUGUGUGUCUGUGUGUGUGUGUGUGUGUGUGUGUGUCUGUGUGUGUCUGUGUCUGUGUUUGUGUGUCUGUCUGUGUGUCUGUCUGUGUGUGUCUGUGUCUGUCUCUGUCUGUGUGUGUCUGUCUGUGUGUCUGUGUGUGUCUGUGUGUGUGUGUAUGUCUGUGUGUGUCUGUCUGUGUCUGUAAGUGUCUGUAAUUGUCUGUGUGUCUGUGUCUGUGUCUGUGUGUGUCUGUGUGUCCCCGUUUACCUGCAGAUGACCUUUCACCUCUCUGCUCCUCCCUCCUCUCAGGCGGCCAGCACGCCCCUCAGUCCGCUCACGUUCCAGUGUGAGUUCAUUAAGCUGAGGAUCGACACCCUGCAGGCGCUCUCUCAGCUCAUCUGUACCUGUAACAGCCUGAAGACCAGCCCCCCUCCCGCCAUCGCCGCCACCAUCGCCCACACCUCAGGAAACGACCUGCAGCGCUGCGGACGCAUUUCUAUGCAGGUAGGAGUGAGAAGGCUGUAAAGACGCUCUGUGUUCAGAUUCAGAGUCUCUCAAUAAUCAGACCCCGCCCCCUUUGGUCCAGAUGAAGGUCUGCAUGGACGAGUUCAGGAGCCUCGCAGCUCGCUACGCUGAGUUACACCAGUCGUCCUUCGAUGCAGAUUACGCCACCCUUCGAAACGUGGAGCUGUAUCCUUAAACCCCGCCUCUUUUUUUCACAAACCUGUUUUUUUUUUUUUUUCUCCAGUCUUUAUUUUUUCUUCACUUCCUGCUCAGACAACAACAGAGCUGUUUACUGGUCUCACAUGUGAUCGAAGCGCUGGUCCUGGACCCACAGGCUGCCGGGUGAGUUUAGAGACACUCAGAUCUACAGAGAGCUCUGUUUGUACCUGCUGAGGAGAUCAUCGUGGUGAGGAGGACCACCGAGCAGAAAGGAACAAGUUCUGGACCAGAACAUGUGACAGGAAGUAGCUGAAGUUUGUUUACAUCUGUCACAUCACAGGUCUACGUUCAGAAAUAUUCUUACUAAUUUAGUUUUUGAGAAGUGUGACGUGAACAACGCUGAGGUGGACUCCAGUCAGAACCACGUCCCGCUCCUCAUCGGACAGCUUCUUCAACGUCCUGACCCGUUAAAGACGCUCCACCAUCACAAACAUCUCCUGAAGACCUUUGACCUGGACCUGAUCUGUCUGCGUCUGUGAUCCAGUUUUCAGGAGUACGGCGCCCUGGGCUCGGUCCAGACUGAGAGCGAGUACGAGCGCCGGAUGAUGUCGGUCUUCAGUCGUGUCCUGGAGGAAGUGGAAGGUCUCACCAAGAAACAUCCUCCUGUGUCGUGUCUGGUGAGUCUGAGAUGAUCCAUCAGCUGAUGUCUCCUCAUGGUCAGUGGGAUCUGCUCUCGUUUUGUCUCUAAGAUCCUGUCCGACCACGUUACUGUCGGAGACGCAGGUUUACUCUGUCCAACGUUUGGACGUGGACGGACACAGAGAGGCUGACCUCUGACCUCUGACCCUCUCCUUUUUAGCACACAGGCUGUCUGUGUGACGCCGUCAUCGCUCUGCUGAAGGUCCCGCUCUCCUUCCAGAGGUAUUUCUUCCAGAAGCUUCAGUCAACGAGCAUCAAGGUGAGAGCGAGUUCUGAGACACACACACACACACACACAUCAGCACGUGUCUCACCCAAACAGGAAGUGCAGUCAUGGUAACAGCAGACAUGUUUACUGUUUUUAAAUCCUGGACUGGAUGAAGAGCGCCCUCUUCAGGUAUCUCUGGUGGAGGAAACAGGCGUGGAAACUGAAGAACGGACCAAUCAGAGAACACUCUGGUGUCACGACCGUAGACCGUAUCUAGAAUAGACGCCGUCUGCCUCCUCUCUCUGAGAACAGUGCCCUCUGGUGACGGGCUGCAGUAUAGGUCCUAAACCCCGCCUCCUUAUGGAGCUGUGGACAAACUUUAUAAAUGAAUGACACAGAAUAUAAAUGUUUCUCCCCCCUGAUUGUGAUGUUGACAUGUAGUUACUGUCAGACUGGUUUGUGCUCAAGUCCUCUUUUUUCUGUGCAGCUCCAUUUUUAAGAGUUAGUAGGGGGUUCAUGUUUUCUAUGAUUGACACCUGAUACAGCCUAUGGGAGGACAGAGAUUGAGUAGAUCACCGGGGGGAUACGCUGUUUGAGCUGAGCGUCAUCACAGCGACUCUCUCGCCAAAUUUUGGUUUCAGGAAGUGAAGAAAAAAACGCGGAAUUACUGAGAACUUUUCGUCUUCAAAUCGGUAAACUGGAGGAAGGAGGAACAGAAGAGUCGAGCGUAAAGACAGUCGAUGGUUUUGACCUGCAGGUCGAGAGUCGGCCGGCCUCAAACACCUUCUGUUUAUCGUUGUGAAUACUCGGGUUUAACUCGUUUUUUCCUUCCAGCUCGCUCUCUCUCCUUCUCCACGAACGCCGAGUGAACCAAUCCCUGUGCAGAACAGUCAGCAGCUGACUCUGAAGGUGGAGGGGGUGGUGCAGCACGGUUCCACUCCUGGUCUCUUCAGAAAGAUCCAGGCCGUCUGUCUCAACGUGACUUCAGUCCUCCAGAGCAAGACAGGACCGGACUACAAGGUGUCCUCAUCCCCGUGUCUCCUUUUCCUGUUACAAACCUCGGGUUCAGGCCGGGGCUGAUGUUUGAUUGGUUCCUUAUUUUGACCACAUUUGUCCUGUCUUCAUGUUCUUCCUGCUCAGAUUCCUCUCGACUCUAAAACCAAUGAGAUUGAGCAGCGUGUCGAACCACACAACGACUACUUCAGCACCCAGUUCCUGCUGAACUUCUCCAUCCUGGGCACCCACACCGUCACCGUGGAGGCCUCCGUCGUGGAUGAGAGUGGGAUCGAGUGGAAGACCGGACCAAAGACGACCGUGUCCGUCAAAUCCCUGGAGGAUCCGUAUUCACAGCAGCUCCGCCAUCAGCUGCAGCAGCAAGGAGGAGCUCAGCCGGCGCCACAGAGGGGCGCGUACACCCGCUUCUAGUCAACCAGGAGUUCUUUUAUAGUGCGUGUUUUUGACCUGUUUUGUGUCUGACAGGAUGAAUUUGUACAUUUUUUUGAUCAUUAAAAUCCGACUUUAAUUUUGAUGCUGUCAAGUGUCUUCUCCGUAGAACGCCAUCGUGAACAGACCGCCUGAAAUCAGGUCAUUUCACUGAAGCGCUCGGUCCACACAGAGUUAAACUCCAGAUAAAAAAACAGCCUCCAUAAAAAAGCCUUUAAACUCUGUCGUUUCUGUUAAUCCAGGAGGUUUUCCUGUUGGCUGUAAUCUCCUGCUUCGUACUGAAUGUCCUUGGAUUUCUCUUUUAUUAAAGAAGCACCAGAACAGGACACCAGAGGGCAGCACAGAGCCGUGAACUCACCCUCAUUGUCUGAAGAGAUUAUCAAAAUCGGACUUUUCUCCAUCAUCCUGUUCAACUGAGAUUUUAAAUAAAAACACACAAAAAUCCUCAACUGUGAGUUUUUUAAUGACAUGUUUGUCAUUUCUGACCGAAAUCACAUUUAAAUCUGAUUUUAUUUCAUUAAAGUCAAACCUCUGCUGCUG